AGUCCCGUCCCCGUGAGGCCAGGGGCCCGCGCUGCGUGGGGCAGGCAUCGGGGUUCCGCGCUGGCCAUCCGUCUGUAUAACAGAGCACCGGUCUGCGUUAAACCUGCGCUAAACGGGGAGCGCAUAACUUGACUAACGUGCAUAUAUGUGCUGUAAUUGCACAGCUGAUAACUCACAUCAGCUACAAGCAUCCACAAUCGGUGCAUCUGAACGUACUCUGUUUUCAGCUUUGACAUAGCAGUGUUAAAUGGCAGCGCCUUUCUUUUGUGGUCUUCCCUCAUAGUUCCUAUGCUGCUUUCAAAUGAAACAGAUACUAUGGAAGAAGGAAGCAACGUUGCAGUAUUGAUGCCAAGCAUUGGAGAACAGGAAGCUGUACUGAUUUCUGAAACAGUCAUUGGCCCAACACUGCAAGCCAGUGAAGAUCAGAGGAAAUGUAGAACUGAUCCACUAAUCCAUGUUAUCCAGAAGCUAAGCAAAAUAGUUGAAAGUGAGAAGUCACAAAGAUGCCUUUUAAUAGGGAAAAAACGUUCCCAUCCUAAUGCUUCUGCACAGUCCUUUGAAACAGACGAUCUUUGUGAAAUCCCAGCUAAAGCAAUUGAGCUCUCUGUUAUUGCUACUAAAAAGACUGAAGAGUUACAAGCUGAUUAUUUUGUGACCGAAUGUCUUCCCCAAAGCAAAAAAAAAGGUGACAUGCUACCAAUGUAG